GAGAAAUUGGCCGCGACGACAUGAGGGCAUGCUGAAAAGCUAUUAAAGCUGAAUCCUUUGGCUUUCUCAAGAACUCAAGGCAAGUUCUACUGCACAUAUUCUCGCGCUCUCCAAAUUCCCGCUUUGGUCGAUUGUCGGCUCUUUCCAAAUGCAUCUCUUGAACUUGUCUUCUGCCCUGCUCCUGCUCUGCACCACCAGCGUCAGGAGUCAAAGCACCCAACUCACCGACUGUGGCUUCUUGGGCCCAGUGUACCCGACACCUCCACAUAUCGCGGAUACCAAAGCCAUUCGCGAGGCCAAAGAUGCCUUUACGCGCCUGAUGGACAGUGCCAUGCGCAAUGGUUCGACCGCCUGGGGUCCAGUAGACGCUGCCAAUAGCUCGAUCUCAUUCGCCGUCUUCUCCACACAAUCAGACCAACUCCUAUCAGAAUACCACCAUCUUGGCUCGAGUCCUGGGGCCAAGGCUCAUCUUACAGGAGGCAAGUUGGACGGUGAUACCGUUUAUCGGCUGGGCAGUGUCACGAAAUUGCUCUCGGUAUACACAUUCCUAGCCAAAGUUGGGCCAAAGUACUGGUCCGAACCAGUCACAAACCAUGUGCCAGAGCUUGUCGCGCGGUCUGUCAAAAACUCUGUUCUUGACAUCAACUGGUCCGAGGUCACACUGGGCUCCCUUGCGGGCCAAAUCAGUGGGAUUCCACAUGACUAUGCUCUCACUGAUCUUUCUGCCAUUCCCGGCAUCACAGAAAUCGGCCUCCCAGAUCUCCCUCCCUCCGAAGUUACCACCUGCGGAGCAGCCAAUCAGGAGCCAUGCUCAGGGGAAGAGUUCUUCCGCCUCCUGCUGCAGCAACAUCCCGUUGCCCCAGUCUCGCAGGGCCCUAAUUAUUCGAACGAAGCUUAUCAACUGCUGAGCCUGGCCUACCAGAACAUUACUGGGGAAUCAUUUGCGGAUGCAUUCAGGACCGGCAUUGUCGAGCCUCUCAAGCUGAAACGUACAUUCUACCACCCUCCUACCUCCGACAUCAAUACCGUUCGAGUCGAUCCCAAAGGGGCCAAUACCUUUGAGAUUGACAUUGGGGGCUUGGACCCAGCUGGUGGUGCAUGGGCGUCGCUCCGCGACUUUGCAUCGCUGGGUCGCUCCAUGUUAAAUUCUACCCUACUGCCGGCACAAGUCACACGAGAUUGGCUCAAGCCAAACAGCCACAGCAGCAACCUAUACUCAUCGGUUGGCAAGCCGUGGGAGAUCCUCCGCAUGGCCGUGCCCGUCAGCCCGGAUUCAACGACAACGCGUUUUGUGGAUUUAUACACCAAGAGCGGUGGGCUGGGCGGGUAUAAUGCAUGGUUGUUCCUGUCCCCAGACCACAACAUUGGCAUCGCUGCCCUAGUUGCCUCCUUGACGGAGGCAGAUAACGCAAUCGUCGCGUCAGAGAGUGGGAUGCCAGUCCUGGUGUCACUCGCCGAGCUCGCUCUCGCCACGUGGAUUCCUGCUGCUGAAGCGGCAGCUCGCGAAUCUGCCGCGUCGAACCUGGUGGGAUCUUUCAAGUCUGAGGAUGGUCUCAACUCUUCGAUCUCGCUAGACCUUGUUCCUGACCACCAAGGCAUCUGCAUCACGAAUCUCAUCUACAAUGGAACCGACUUUCUCGAAACCUUGGGUUCUGUGUUUGGGUACGCUGCUGCAAGCUUGCAGUACACGAAUCUCCACGACAAGCCCAGCGGCCAACUCUCGUUUCGUGCCGUCUGGCAGAGCCUCAAGCACCCAAUUUCCGUGACUAGCGUGAUACAUCCAGAAUGUUCUCUGAACUGGUCAGACUUAGAUAACCUCAAAUAUGGUGACAUCGGACUCGACCAGGUGAUUAUCACGGUCAAGGCGGACGGCAAGGCCGUGGGCGUUGAAAUGCCAGGCUUGAGGACAUCUUUCUCCCAACGGGUCAAGUGAAUAGAGGUUCCUUGGGCAGACAUCUAGCAG